AGCAAGUUAUCUGCAGUUAAAAAAAAAGAAAAAAAGAUUUGAAGUACACAAGUGCACAUGUCUUUUUCACAAGAGUUUGCUUACUUAUAAAAUAGUUGAAACUUGUCUCUGAACUGGUUCACAGGUCACUCAUUAGUGAAAAUCAAAAUAAUAAUAAUAAAAAAAAUAAUGAAUGAAUGAAAUGACUUCAGAGGUCAUGGAAAAUUCAUGGCGAUUCAUUGUCCAAAAACUGUUGGAACCCCAAAUAUGUUUUGUUAUUCUUUUUACUUCAAGCCACCUUAUGAUUUAUCAGCCUCUGCCAUGCGAGAAAUGCUGAUACCUAAUAAAUGCAGCCCUGGGUUUCACCAGUUGCAUUUCCCCCCGUGAGAGAGAGGCCAGACCAUCUCACGGCACACCAGCGUCUUAUUGAGGAAGAGUUCAGCACAAGAGCUUCCUUAAACCUCUCUAUUGUAAGCACCUGGGCCAGGAAGAAUGGCUCUUUCACAAGUAAAUUGCGGCCCGGCUUUACAGAGAGAUUUUAUAACAGAGCACAGUUGACAUUGGCAAGAGUGCCACGGCCGGCCAUUGAAAAGCAUGAGCUGCCUCAGUCACAGGAGAUCAAUCAAGGCAGCGUAUUUCCCCGAAGCUGUAGAUUUCCGCUGGGGAGGGGAGCCAAGGGCAGUAAAAUAAGCAGCUUGUGGUUAGUCUUAUUGUAGAACCGAGAAUCCCAGCGGGUCUCGUACUUCACAUGGAGCUGUCAGUCUAAAGCUAACAAAAUGCUGUCUAAUGCCUUCAGCCUGCGUCUUCCCUCCCCCUCCCUACAUCACUGCGCACAGGCAGGGAUGCUGCUACCAUGGUAACAGCUGAGUCAUUCCGUGCCCUUUGAAGCGAUGCUGUCGGGCUCCUCCGGCUCUCUUUACUGCUCAUGAAACAGUGUGAAGAAGCGCAUAUGCGCUCUGAUCACUACAGGUGUCAUCCGGGAACAACGCUGGGCUAGCAGAUCGCGCUAGCCGGAUGGGUAACGUUUCUACUGCGGUCAAGCACUGCCUGAGCUAUGAGACUUUCUUGCGGGAUUAUCCUUGGUUGCCACGGCUCCUGUGGGAAGAGAAGUGUUCUGAACUGCCUAAGCUUCCACUUCAUGUCAAAAUUGUGGAGGUCGGACCAAGAGAUGGGCUUCAAAAUGAGAAGGAAAUAGUGCCAACAGAAGUCAAAAUCCAGCUGAUUGACAUGCUCUCUCAGACCGGGCUGCCUGUGAUCGAAGCCACUAGCUUUGUGUCUUCAAAGUGGGUAGCUCAGAUGGCAGACCACAGUGCAGUGUUGAAAGGGAUUAAAAGGUCUCCUGACGUAAGAUACCCUGUCCUGACUCCCAAUAUUCAGGGCUUCCAGGCAGCUGUUGCAGCAGGAGCUACUGAAGUGGCAGUGUUUGGUUCCGCCUCAGAGACUUUUAGCAGGAAGAACAUCAACUGCUCCAUAGAGGAGAGUUUGCAGAGGUUUGAGCAGGUCAUCUCUGCAGCCAAACAGGAAGGCAUACCAGUGCGAGGGUAUGUUUCCUGUGCUCUCGGCUGUCCGUAUGAGGGACAAGUAAAACCGUCACAAGUCACAAAGGUGGCAAAGCGGUUGUUUGAGCUGGGCUGUUAUGAGGUAUCCCUGGGGGACACCAUUGGCGUAGGCACUGCAGGCUCCAUGGCCGAGAUGCUGAGAGAUGUGUUGACAGAGGUGCCCGUCGGCGCACUGGCGGUGCACUGCCAUGACACUUACGGUCAAGCGCUGCCCAACAUUCUCAUUGCUCUGCAGGGCUACAACUGUGUAGGCCGCAGCAGCCGUUGUAACAUCAAGUUAAGUAACUCUGACAACAAUGAGAGGAGACAGAAACAGGCUCAAAUUCCUGAAGAUCACUCAGAAAUAUGUUACCAAGGAAAAGCUGUGUCUUGGUUUCAUAGAGACAGCUUUAUUUAUUUAUUGCAUGGAAGCUCUGUCUCAAAUCGGAAAGCUGUCGGCAUGCUGGGUUUCCCACAAACGUAAUCUCUUGUGGAAAUGUCAGAGUUAACUCCGUUUCACAGAAAACAGACCAUUCUGCAUUGUGCCUUUCAGACUUCCCAUUCAUACUCGCAAGAACGCGCCAACUGAGGUGGCCAUUGUUCGUGCCUGGCUUCCUCCAAAAUUCCUCGUCUUCUUUACUUCACAAGCUUUCCUCCCACGGCUGCAACUAUGCCACAACCUUCUGCAGGUCUUUGCGGGAGCUCCAACACAAAGGCUAUGCAAGCUGUGAUUUUAACGCCACAUCUGGAAUUUAAGCCAAGCUAAACUAAUCGAACAGCUCCGUUUUGGAGUUCCUGACCGCUGUUUGCUGAACAUCAUGUCCUUGCACAGUAUUCAGAGUCAGCAAAUCUGGAGCAAGUCCCUGUACGUGUUGGUCUGCCUUCACACAGCGGGUGGAUGCAGAAAGGACUGGCGACGUAGCAAAUUACCACUCCGUGUUUACGCAACAAAGCGUCUGCCCUGCAGAAUAUCUUGCCCUGACGCAAAAAGUCAAAAGCCCAUGUCUGGAAAUCUGAAGUACAGUGCAAAGCGGCAUGGGUCCCUUUCCUCUCGCCAACAAAAACAACAAUUACAAGCGACUCAGACGGCCCAGCUAUGAAAUAGGGCCUUGUUGCUGAGAAAAGCUAGCAAUUAGGGAGCAUUGUUCAGCACAGGAAAGCAGCUUUUAUUAUUUUCUUGGUCAGCUCGCCAUGCCCCAAAGGUCUGCGUGGACCAGAAUACAGCUUCUUAUUGAUAUUCACUGAUGCUAUAUCGAGGUCAGAAGCAGGAUAGGAGCGUUAAUUUCACCGCUCUGUUGGAUUCCAUCCCCAUUUCCCCCCUCCUGACAUCUGGCUUUGCCUGGGAAGCUGGAAAACGUCUUUAAUAUUCUCAUGACAGUCAAGACGACAUAUGGAAAACAUUGUAAUACCUUAAUCUGCAAUGCUUCUAAGAAAGAGAGGGGCUGGCAGAUAGAUGCUUGGCUUUCUAAUUUGUAGGUUUCAGAAGUUCUUCUGGGUACCCAGACUCUUCGAUAUACAUCACACAUUCGUUUUCCACACCUGCCAAUAGCUAGUCAGAACUCCUGCAGGGAAUACACUGUCUACUGAUUUAAAGUGGUAGUUCAGCCCAAAAUCUCAAUUCUGUCAUUAACUCACCCUCAUGUUGUUUCAAGCUUCUUUUUUUUUUUCGUCCUUGGAACACAAAAGGUGAAUUUUUGAAGAAUGUCAUCGCUAUGUCCUAAAAUAUCCAUAUGACUUGUGCAUUGUAUUCUAAAUCUUUUGAAGCCAUACGAUAGCUUUUAUUUGAGGCUGUUAUUCUUUUAUUGUAUUUUUGUCAAUUGAUGCUCAACAGCACAGUCAUUUAGCGAUAACAAAGAAGUUAUUUUGUUAUCCUGGGCAUAUUGAUCACUUUACAGUAGGUCCACGUUUUGGUUAAUUUAAUUUUAAAACAUGCAUUGUAAACAAAAAGUGAUCCAGGUUAACUCUAUUUCCUAACCCAGGCUCAUUGGAAAAACGUGCCUGUGGUGAUAUUUCUGCAAAAUGCAGGUUUUACAACAUUUGCAAAGUCAAAUGUCCAGUGAGUGGCGCUAAAAGCUAGUUCAGUUUUAUUCAUAACAUAUGAAUGUGAAUGCGACAUCUUUUUACUAUGUUAGUUGUUGUGUGUAACAUGGCAGUUCAGAAAUUAAAUGUCUGGUGAGUGCCACUAAAAGAUUAAUGCUCUGCCACCUUUGAAAAUAAUGUCCCUGCUAACAGUGUACGUUCUCAGAACUUCCCUAUAACAUUGUGGCAAGGUUCUCUCAAAGUUAUGAACAAACGUUAACAGAAUGCUCAUUCAAAGUUAUCUGGUCUUUAAUAAUGUUCUCAAAAUAUAAGCACGAAAACAUUAUCUAUACAUUGUUCAUGGAACAUUUUUUUCUGAAAUGUUUGAGUUGGAUGUAACAUUUAAAAAAAAAAAAAAAAAAAUGUUGCUAUUUGUUUCAGAGAACAUUCAAAAGUUAAGUUCCGAUAAUGUUUGCAAAAUGAUAAUAUUUAAAAUAAACUGGAUGUUUCAAUGUUCAGGGAACAUUCAGAAAUAAUGUUUUUAUACAUUGUAAACCUCAUACAUAUAGAGCUGGUUAUGUGAUACAAACGUCAAAAUGGAUUAGUUUACAAAUCUUGCACUAUAAAAGUGUAACAUAGUAUUGUGCAAGAAACUGUGUGAAAAUAAGUCUUUAUUAAUUGAUAAUCUCGCCCUGCAAUCAUAAUUUGUGUAGAACAAAGGUUACACUUUAUUUUAAGGUGUCUGGGUUACAGUGUAAUUAUGCAUUUAAGUACUUAGUAAUAACAAUUAACAACAUGUACUUACUAUAGGUUUAGGAUUAGGGUUAGUUGCAUGUAAUUAUGCAUUACUAUCAUUACUAUAGUAAAAACAUGUAACAAGACACUGUAAAAUAAAGUAUUACCAAAAAUAAAUAAAAGUUGUUUAUGUUAUUAUAUAUUACUUCCACUAUUAUAUAUUAUAUUUUACUGCCACUAGUGUUUAUUUCAGGUGGAAUCUGCACUAAAUUUAAUGUAGUUUUGAAAUUUUUACAAAAAUGUAGGCACACUGUAAAACCUGAUAUUUUACAGUAACUCAAACCAUUCAAGGAAACCGAUUGCCUUAAACCAAGUUUUAAAACCAACAAGUAUGAGUACUAUAAACUCAUAUACAUUAAGUUAAAUGCACUUAUAUUCUAGUGUUGGUUUAGGCAAUCAUUAGAGUAAACUCAACUUAAAGAUUUUAAGUUUAUUCCACUCAUUCAGUUUAAAUUCAGGUAACAAAUCUAAGUCUUAACAAACAACUAUAUAGCUACUUAAAUGGUUUGAGGAAAGCGAUUGCCUUAAAUGGUUUAAGUUCAUCAAACUCAAAGUAAUAAAGUUACAUAAGACUAAGCAAAAACUAACAUUGGUACAAAGCAAUGAUGACAGAACAGGAGCACUGAAAAAUUAAAUAAGUUUAGAAUACUCAAAACAUUUAAGUAAAAUAAUUCAUUUUUUAAGUUAAUAGAAUUUAAAUUUUUUGUGACAAGUGGGGCAAGGCUGAGAGCCGUGGAAGCGGAGCAAGGCCAGUUUGGUGCACAGGUGUCUCUCAGUAACAAUCACGUCACCGACAUCCCUUCGCUCCCACACUUCUCAGCCUCACCCAACUCAUCAUAAUGUUAAUUACAUAUAGUUCAUUUACAUAAACAUCACACUCAGAUCGUGGUUAAAUUUUAGACAGCAAAUAACACAUGCUAUUAUAACUAUCAAAGAGACUGUCACUAUAUACUUGCAUGUAUAUAAUCAAAAAACAUACAGUAUAUGUGGUCUUAAAAGUUCAUCCUCAACCUAACCACAGGCUCUACUCUUCACCACAACCCUACAAAACUAACAUUGCAACGUGAUCUCAUGAGAACACGUGUGUAUUUUUACGUAAAGUG